UGCCCAUCCGACCGCUAAUAUUUCUCUAUCCCAUUCUCUUUCCUAGCUACUAUCAUUUAUAAGUCUUGUUUUACUUUCAAACCACAGGAACAGAACCAAAACUAGAAAAUCUUUCAGACAGCUGAGUUUAGAGAAGGAGAAACCGAAAAGAAAUAAACAUGAAAGUGUUGGUGGAUUCUCCGCUCGAAGCUUUAGCAUUUAACUAUGUAAGUUUUGGGAUUUUCACGAUUGUUAAUAAUCUCUGGACGUGGGUGGCCGUCAUCACGGCUGCGGUUAGUUUUUGGAAGAUCAGAGCAGCUGGCUCCGCCACUCCAUCGUGCUCCGUUGAAAAGUCAGACCAAAAGCCGUCAAAGUGCAUUAUCGAUCGUGGCCAAGAUGAGUCUCAACCAAUUCCCGAGGCUAAAGAAAAGCCGAUUCCUUCAGCCUUGGUUUCAGCUCCAGCUGGCCUUAUGGAAAUGGGUGUUUCGUCGCCGUUAGUUUGCCAUGAUGCAGUCACCAAAGGAGGGAAGUUCAAGUUGACUGUUUAUUCCGAAGAUGAUGGAGAUAGCCACGUCGACGGAGAGAUGACGGCAACGGAAUGGAGUGACAGUGACGGCGAUUGCAAGGAAUGGAGUUGCGGGGAGUGGUGGGAGAGUUGGGAGCGAAUGCUGAGGGUGAGAAAGGGGCAAACGGGGUGGUACCGAUAUCAGGAUUUGACGGCGAUAAACGGCAACGUCGUUAGGUUAUGGGAUGACUGUAGGAGAGGAAGCUACGGCUCAAGCUUUGCUGUAUGGUAGUUGGUGUUCCAUAGGAUUUUAAUGUACUUGGUAAUAUUGUUUUUUUUAAUUGUCUUAAUGACUUUCGGUUUUAAGGUGGUGGAACAUGUAAAUAUAUUUGUUGGACGGUACAACAAUUGAAAAACCAAAGCAAAAUCCUUUUAAAGUUAA